AAUUCACUUCGCCCAGAUAAGAGGGUCACGAAACGCAUCAGAUAGGUAUAAUCUCGUAGGACGUUGUAAUCGCUUAAAGAGCGUGAUAGGAAGGAGUAGAAAGAGAAGGGGGGGGGGGAGAUAUCAAGACAAGAGGUGAUGUGUUAUUGCCCUCCUUGUUCUACUUAAGCAUCUACCUGUCCCCCUCCUCCCCUAACCACCAUGCCCACGCACGUGAACACCUUCAUUUCGAUAUUGCCGUUACAGACUUGAUACGAGCUCUGUGUACAUAUGAGCAGAGUUUGGACCAACAAUUAAGCGACUAUUUUCGUUCUGAUAAGGAGAGAGCGAGGCUCAUGAAGCCACUAACCUUCGCUCCUGUACGUGAGCAGCUUCAGGGAUAGGAGAGAGUUCUGCUGCUAGCAAUGGCUUUAAGUGGCUGCAGGCCGAGAGUCAGCAGUGUGCUGUGGUACGUGGUGUUCUUCGGCUUCUCCAUCAACUACAUGCUGCGGGUCAACAUCAACAUCGCCAUCGUGUCGAUGGUGCUGCCGCGGCUCGGCAAGGCCGGCGACGCGGGCGUCCACGUCAGCGAGUGCUUCGCGGCCCGGCCCGCUGCCGCCAACCUCUCCGGCGACGGCAACUCGACUGCCGCCUCGCGGGACGACGAGGAGGGGCUGCGGUUCGACUGGGACGAGCGCCAGCAGGGGCUGGUGCUGGGAGCCUUCUUCUGGUUCCACUGGCUGACCCAGGUGCCCGGCGGAAUGCUGGCGCGCCGCUUCGGCACCAAGCUGGUGUUCGGCCUCAGCAACUGGGUGCCGUGCCUGCUGUGCUUCCUCGUGCCGCUCGGGGCGCGGGCCGACUUCCGCCUGCUCGUCGCCCUGCGCUUCCUGCAGGGGGUCGUCGCGGGUUUCGCUUGGCCGUCGAUGCACAACCUGACAGCAGCGUGGGUGCCGCCCAACGAGAGAAGCAAGUUUGUGACUGCGUACAUGGGCAGCUCGGUGGGCACCGCUGUGACCUUCCCCCUGUGCGGCUGGCUCAUGAGCGUGUACGGAUGGCCGUCCGUGUUCUACACCACAGGCAUCCUCGGCACAGCGUGGUUCUGCGCCUGGUGGCUGCUCGUGUUCAACACGCCCGCCCAGCACCCCACCAUCUCCACCGGCGAGCGGGAGCACAUAGAGGGCAGCAUCGGCCAGUCCAAGGCCAGCAAGAAGAUGCCGACCCCCUGGAGGCACAUCCUGCUGUCGCUGCCCAUGUGGAUGAAUGUCCUGUCCCAGUGGGGCAACAUCUGGGGGCUCUUCACGCUGAUGACGCAGGCCCCCACCUACUUCAAGUACAUCCACGGCUGGGGCAUCGGCAUGACGGGACUGCUGUCCGGGGUGCCACACGUGUGUCGCAUCAUCACGGCCUACCUGACAGGCACGCUGUGCGACUGGCUGCUUCAGAGGAACCUCAUGCAGCGCACGGCCGUGCGCAAGCUGGCGACCGCCAUCUGCUGCAUAGGACAGGGGUUGUUCGUGCUCGGCCUGGCGUUCAGCGGCUGCAACAAGGUGGCGUCCGUGGUGUUCCUGGCACUAGCCACGGGUUGCAGCGGCGCCGUGUCAAGUGGCGCCCUCGCCAGCCUGAUCGACCUCAGCCCCAACUUCGCUAGUAUAAUGUUUGGAAUCAGCAACACAGUCACUGUUGCGCCAGGAAUCAUUUCACCCAUAAUUGUGGGAGUUCUCACGUACAAUAACCAAACGGUGGGGCAGUGGCAGAUCGUGUUCCUGAUCACGGCGGCGAUGGCGCUGACUGUGGGCGUGAGCUACAUGUUCUGCGCGUCCUCCGACCUCCAGCCGUGGAACGACCUGAGCCCGGAGGGCGCGCUGGACCUCCUGCGCGGCGUGGGCGCGGACAAGGCGGGGCGGGCGCUGCUCGCCGGCGCGGCGAAGCAGACGGAGGCCGGCGGCAAAGCGAAGGACGACGCUGCGUGAAACAGCGCGGCGAGACGACUGUGUGGGCUGAGAGGACCGAUGGUGGCCCCGUGAUGAACGGACUGCAAUCCGUCCACGAUGAGACUCCUUGACUACCAGUGGGCCCGUUUCGAAGCACUACCAAUUCUUCUUAUCACCUGAGCGCUACAUCACAUCAUCAAACAGCAAGCGGAAUCACCAACUGCACAAAAAAAAAAAAAGGAAAUUGAAAUACCAAGAAAAUAAAUUUAAAUUUUUUUUUUUUUUUUUUAAAUGUCAUGAUAUUAUUUAAGAAUUCAAAUCUUAACCGUUACUCGGCGUGGAAUGAUGGUGUAAAAUGGUGUUUAGCAUAGCUUUUGUUCACGUCUUUUAAAAUUUUUUUUUUUUAUCUGCCGUAAUUCACGUGGUUGUAAAAGAUUAUCAGCGACUCGCGAUUUACCGAUAUCAGUCAAGUGUAGAGUUGUUGUAUCGGUCAAUUUGAAUGAAAUGAUCAUUCUUAACUAGUGUGUGCCCGUUAGUCUCGUGACGCGUUGGGGGAAAGUUUUCGAACCCCCGCAAGUGUUAAAAAAGUUUUGGCUUGCUGUGACACGUAUUUUCGUUUCGAGUUCCUGCAGUGUGUAAUUUGACGAGCAUUCCGGUUUGGUGAUGGUGUGAACAAUGAUGGUGAAUGAGCCAACAAAUGUGCAGCAGCUUGGAAACUUUGUACCGUUUUCACGUCUUGUGGGAUUCAGUAUUUGUAUGAUAUACGCUUAUUCAGGUGCAGCAUAUUGUGGCUGAGAAUACUGUUUGGCAGUAUGAUCAUGCUGAACAUGCAUAAUGUUAAUUUUUGGAUUCAGCCUUUAUCAUGCUUUUGUGUGAAAGAAAAAAGUAAUUAAUUACGGAAUAACAGCUUCAAAUUAUUAACAAUAUUGAGUUGCCCAGAAAAAGCUCAAGUUAGAAUUAUCAAUAAGUUAUUGUAUUGAUUUGUAGACUGUAUGUGUGUAAGUAAGAAAGUAAAUAAGCAGGUAAGCAGUUAAGUAAGUGCUGUUCUUAGUACCACAUUCAAAACAUACAAUUAAUUACCUAACCUAUACUAUUGUAAUUUGUUUAAUAUUACAUAAGUACAUACAGUAUCUUAUUUACACCUCGUUUGUUUCCACUUAUAAAUAUCAAAUCUCUUUAAAAUUCUUAAACCAACCAAACGUAACAUAGGAAAAUAAAAUCUCUACAUUACAAAAUAAAAUAACUUAAGGAACAAUAAUGUUAGUCAACUAUGCGUAUGAUAAUAAUUAAAACUUAGUAAUAACUAUUUCAGCAUUUUAAUGACUUUUUUUCAAACUUUUUUAUACUACAGUGUAUUUUUUUUUUAAUAUAAAAAUCAACGUUAAGGAAUAAGAAAUAUAUCUACUAUAUUUUUCUUGGGAGGCUAAACCCUUUCAGAAUUAUUUCCAUGUGAUUUAAUUUGAUGAACAGUAUUCAAAUAUUUACAUUAAGGCAUUUCAGGUGUGACUAGUAACUGAAGUCAGACGUCAAAAAACAGUGCAUGUAAAUUAAAUUUUCGUGACUUACAGCAUCAUUACUGUUUAUUGUAGGGCUUUUUUUUUUUUUUUUGCAACUUCUCAUGACCAUUCCUUCAGUUUUGUUACUUUGUGACGUUUGUGAAUUUCAUGACUUGUAGACACACUGAGCUAGGAUAAAAUUGAAGGAAUGGCAAUGGAUGCAAACUAUGUGCAAUUUUAAAUGUACCUACAUAUUUAGUUGUAUGUAUUCAUCAGCAUUAUGUCAGUUGUGUUAUCCAGCUCAGAGAGCAAAUCCAAUUAAUAUAUAUUUUAAUUUUGGAGAACCACAUGUACCUAUAAAUAAAACAAAGUGUGAAGCAUGUUUAAUUAAGUAUAUUUUGAAAAGUACCACAAAGCCUGAUUAUUAAUAUUAUCAAUAGUGUAAAUAAAGGAUUUUGGCUUCGUAUUAAUAAAGAUUAGGUUUUUGAAGUCCGAGCCUUGUCAAACAAGAAUUUUUUCAUAAAUUAUUGUUUUAUCUUCGUCUAAAUUUUGGCGAUUACCCUUUCGAUAUAGUUUGUGGUGGUAACCUAAAGGUUCCUUAAUACUGGUCUAGUGAGUUUAAAUCUAAACACUGUCUGAACAAUAUUUGCUUAAACCUGAUAGAAAUGUUACAGACAUGCUGGGAAUCGCAGUAAAACUACGAAUAAAAUUUUUAAGUGUG